UGCGCCAUUCUCUAGGGGAGCCAGCAAAAGUGCAGCUGCAGGUUCAGUAAUCCCCAUUGAAGGCCAAUCUGGAGACUCCGCUGUCGUCGCCAUAGUAACUGGGACAGUCACUUCCGCUUUUCGGCGGUCGUAAAGUGCGGGAAGGUGGUACCAUAGUACCCACGCAGUAAAGGCAGGAGCUAUAGCGGCUGGAGACCUUCCAGCCGGAGACGUCCGGGAACCAUGAUUGAAGUCGUGUGUAACGACCGGCUGGGCAAGAAGGUCCGAGUGAAAUGCAACACUGACGACUCAAUAGGAGACCUAAAGAAACUCAUCGCGGCUCAGACUGGUACCCGUUGGAACAAGAUUGUCUUGAAGAAAUGGUACACAAUCUUCAAGGACCACGUGACCCUGGGGGACUAUGAGAUCCAUGAUGGAAUGAACCUGGAGCUUUAUUACCAGUAGGGGCAGCAAGAUAUCAUCCCCCAAUCUGCACCUCUCCUUUCCUUUUAAAAGUUUAAUAAAAUAACUUUAAUGCUGGU